AUGAGUGUUGCUACAGCAAGUGAACAAAAUGGCUCGAUUACUCUUGGGGCGAUGGCUACCCAGCUUGGGAUAAAUUUUGCAAUAGGUGCUGGAACUUUCAUAUUGUUUGGUUUUCUUAGGCCCAGGAAUGGAAUUGUAUAUGCUCCUAAAUAUAAAUAUUCAUCGGAAAAAAAACAACCGCCGAAACUUGGCUCAGGGUUAUUUUCAUGGGUGAUGCCUGUACUAAAGACAUCUGAAUCAACAUUAAUAGAAAAAAUUGGUCUUGAUGCUGUAAUGUUUAUACGUUUUAUAAAAUUUUGCCGGAAUAUAUUUUUCUUCAUGUUCAUACUCAGUAUACUAUCAUUGAUACCGGCGGACGUUUUUGGAAAUGUUAAAAUUAAAGAGCAAUUGAAAAACAGAGAUUUGGCUAAAUUGGAUAGCAAUCCAUUACUUUAUUUAACAUUUACAUGGAUUUUUUCAUUAUUGAUAUUUUAUGUUUUAAAUGGUUAUUAUAAAACAUACACAAAAUUAAAAUUGGGAUAUUUUGAAUCUGAUGAAUAUCGCAAUUCACUACAUUCCAGAACAUUAUUAGUUAUUCAUCUUCCAUCAUCUUUGCGAUCAGAUGAAGGGUUACGUAAUUACAUCCAUUCCCUUGACAUCAAGUAUCCUGUUUUAGAAGCACAUGUAGCAAGGAAAGUUGGUAAUUUGCCCGACUUGAUUAAAGAACACGAAGAAGCUGUUAAAAAAUUAGAAGCUGUUUUAGCAAAAUAUUUAAAAGAUCCAAAUAGGAUUUCUAAAGAAAGACCAAUGAAUAGUGUAAGUGGAUUUUGUGGCGAAAAAGUAGAUAGUAUCGAUUAUUACACUCGUCAGAUAGAAGUAUUAGAAGAAAAAAUAAAUGAAACUCGUUCACAAAUAGCCCAACAAAAGGCGACAAGCUAUGGUUUCAUUUCCUUUUCAAGUAUAGCUCAUGCUCAUGCUGCUGCAAAAGAUUUAAAUAGAUCAAGUAUUUUAAGAGGUCCCGGAUCUCCUUCAAUAAUGCUUUCACCAUGGCCAAAAGAUAUUAUUUGGGAGAACCUUCAAACAAAUGGAACUGCUAAAUGGACAAAAACAUUAAUUAGUUAUAGUCUUUUCUUUUUGCUCUGUUUCUUUUGGCUAAUUCCAAUGACAUUUCUCACAACUUCUGCUCAAAUCAGUAACAUUAGAGAUUUAGCUCCAUUCACCAGGAAAUUUUUAGACAAUAAUAAAUUUAUCACUGGAUUAAUAGAGGCUUGGAUGUCUCCACUGUUAAUGGCAUUGUUUUUCCUUCUUUUGCCAAAAAUAUUAGGUCUGCUAUCUAAACAUCAAGGAAAAAUAACUAAAUCUUCACGUGAUCGUGCUGUGCUCUCAAAACUUUUUUUAUUUUUUAUCAUAAAUAACCUGAUUAUUUUUACUCUCACUUCAACGGCAUAUGAUAUAUGGUCAACAAUAAAGCAAAAAAUUCAAGAUGGUGACACUGAUCUUCGAGAGAUAUAUAAUGUUUUCAAAGCUCAAGAUUUUACUCAAGAAUUAGCUAAAUCAUUGGUUAAAGUUUCGACAUUUUGGAUUAAUUAUAUCUCACUACGUGGUGUUGCUGCUAUAUUUGAUCUGGCACAGAUGUUUUCUUUAGUUUGGACAUUUUUGAUGAAAAUUUUUAUUACUCCAACACCAAGAAACAUCAAAGAAUUUUCUCCAUAUUUGGUUUACCGAUAUCAACUCAUGUAUGUUUUUACUACUAAAAUAGAAACUGGAGGAACUUAUUGGAGAGUGAUUUUUAAUCGUGUGAUAGUUUCAAUGAUUAUGUGGCAAAUAUCAAUGAUUGGAGUGAUGAACUUAAAGGCUGCGAGACAGCAAUCAAUUGCUAUAAUACCACUAAUUAUCAUUACAAUACUAUUUAAGAUCUAUUGUUCCAGAAGAUACGAUUCAAAAAUUCAUUAUUAUCAACCAAACACUAAAGAGCUUGAAUUGUCAGGGUCAUCAGAUAUGCAUAAAAGAAAAGACAAUGUUUCCAAUAGAUUUGGACAUCCUUCGCUUAGUUGCGAAUUAAUCACGCCAAUGGUAUUCUCAAAUGUUAAACAUUUGUUGAGUCAGGUUUAUCAUGGAAGGCUAGAUGAAAAAAGAGUCAGUAGACGAGGAACCAUUAAAUCUAUGGCAUUUGUAUCAACAAAUGGUAAAAAAGGUUUAAAUUUUGAAGCGGUUGAAGACAAUGAAUUGGAUAUUGAUGAAUAUACUUACUAUGAACCUGAACAUAUUGAAUUGCAAAAUAUCAAUCAACCCAGACCAGAUUAUUAUGAAGGAUAUGAGCCUUCAGAGUAUUCAUUACAACACUAUGGAAAAGAUAAUUCCUCCAUCUCAAACGUUGCACCGUCUUCUACUGCUCCUUUAUUAAGGCAAAGUCCUAUACCACCUGACAAUUAUAGUGAAGUUUCAGUCAAUGCACCUUCUUAUCAUUCAUCAAGAACACAAUAUGCAAAUUUAUUAAGGGCCAUUAUGAAUUCCGAGAGUUUGAAUGUUUCCCCCUUUAAUUUUGUAAUUAUCCCUGAUGGACUUCCUGACUAUGGUUGUAACAUCAACAAUGCCUUGAUCAAAAAUAACUGA